AUGCUUUAACAAGAAAAAUCAGCUGGCAAUUUGAAUGCUAGUAUAAACAGCAAUAACCUAAUGCAUGGAGGUACUCCAAGUACAAUACUUCCUGUCAAAUCUAAAGUAGUGAGAUCUUUUACAAGCAGUGGAAAUUAGAGCUUGGAAUAGAUCAUGAAAAGAGCUAAUGAAAUCAUUAAAAAAUCAAAAAAUAGCACUGGUUAGGGCGGACGUCCUGAUAUUACUGACAUCCUCCAUCCUCUAACAGACUCGUUUGUGACUCUGACUACAGCCGAUUCUUUAUAAAAGAAUAGCCAGAGCACAAAUAGGGAAGGAUGUAAAGUAUCGCCAUUUGUAACAGUAUCUUCUCCAGAAAAUACAGAAUCUAAAAAAUCUAAUCCACACUCCAGCGAUAAAUCAAGCAAAGCAAAGUCUAAAAUUUCCUCUGGAAGCGCAGGAUAGGAAGACAGCACUAAUUUAUCUGCUAGAGUUAAUAUUGCAAAGCAAUUGCAUAACAACUACAUGUCAGAAGCAGAUUAUGUGUUUGAAAACUUUGACAAUAUUUUUAAAGUUUCAUUUGUCCCUUAACCUAGCAAUUAGUAGCACGGAAACCAUUUUGCUUAGAAGCAGAGUGGCCCUUCUUAGCAUACUUCCUUUAGCGCAAAUGCUAAAGAUAAUGAUAAUUCAUGUAAGAUAGCUCUUGCUGAAGUAUUUGAAAGAAUUCGUAGGGAAGAAAAGAGCUUAUAAUAAUAGCAAAGUAAAUAACAAGGCUUCAAUUAAAAUUUACCAUUAUAAUAAAACCAAGCAAAUCCAAUUCACCUUCGCUCUCACAGUUCAAUUGUUAACACAACUGAAACUUCAUAUUUGAUACCUAAAUAAGUACAAUAAACAACUUCUUCAUAUAAUAAUAAGACACAAUAAUUAUAGUAAUAACAACCAUCGAUAUAGCAGUAGCUUUCCUCGUCAUUUAACUAGUCUUCUAGCUCAUAGCAAAAAAAUUAUUAAAUUCCCUCUCAAUAUAAAGACACCAAUUACACUUCUUCAUAAUCUAUACCUAGCAAUUAGUAAGUUUCUUCAUAGUAAUCUUAGAUAAUUAACUCAGAAAUUGAAACAUAUUUAAAGAAGCCUCAACCUGCUAAAAUUAAAACUUAAAGCGGCGCACCUCUUCACCCUCACCCUCCUCUUCCUUAAUCUACAAAAAUGAAUAUUAAUGGAUACAAUACUAACCACUUUAAUCAACAAAGGUUCCGUUAUAGAAAUUCACUAAAAGACAAAGAAAACAUUUAAGAUGCAGCAAAUACUUCCAUUGGAUAACUAAAUAUGAGUAAUGGAUAAAUAAUGACAAAUCCUAAUAAAAAUGGAUCAUUCUUGUGCACACCUGUAGCUGCAAACCACAAUAAUAUUCCUAUUCCUUAACAAUACCAAACUAUUUAAUAAUAGUAAUAAUAAUAACAAUAACAAUAAUAGCAAACUUAAAACUAACAUUAACAUUAACACUAGCGCUCUUCUUCUAACAUUGGAGAUAUUAGCUAGUAUUUAUCUAAUAACAACCAUUAAUAAAAUAAUGCUUCUAACUCUCUACAAAAUUCAUUUGGGUUCUAUCGUCCCAGAUUUGACUCAGUUAGUGGUCCAAACAAUAGUAAUAAUAAUAACAGUAACAAUUUGGCAAGCGAAAGAUUGAAUACAAUUGGCAUAGAAUAAAAUAUAAAAACUUCUGGAUAUGCUAGUCUAAAAGAGAGAACAAACGGUAAUAACAAUAUUAGUUAAAUAAAUGAUAUAUCUUGUGACAAAUCUGCCAAUUAUUCAUCUAUGAGAGUGAACACUUCUUAUAAUGGCACAUUGUCAUAAAAUUAGAACUAAAAUAAUAACAAUAUUACUAAUUAAAACUCAAGAAGUGGAUCGUUCCAAAUGAAUAUCCCAAAAAUGACUGUUGGUAAACAUAAUGCAGCUACCAGUAUACUGAAUAGUUUGUUAGGCAGCCAAAGGGUUUAGCAACCUUAACCCACAGGCAACAACUCAAAUACCAAUCAAAAUAGUAAUAAUACAAGCAUAACCUAAGUGGCUUAUAAUCCAGCUGCCUCUAACUCAAGUUAAGGAAACAGAUCUACUUCUGUUCCAAGAUCUAAUUUAGGAUUUUUACUUUAAAAGAAGAUGAUGUGA